AUGACGUUAGUUCCACUUGGAGCCACCUUUGGGACCCUUCCUGUUGCCUGUUUGGUGGAUAGAUUUGGCAGGAAAGUUGCCUUGGUGAUAACUAACUUUUUGACCAUUAUCUCUGCUGUUAUAAUGUCUUUAUCGGUUUUGAUAACUGCCCAUGUAUUCAUCUUCUUUACACGCUUCUUCGUUGGAAUAUGCAUGGGAUUAAUCUCCACUAUUGUCCCUCUAUAUCUUGGUGAGAUCUCCCCUAAAAGCUUGAGGGGAGGCAUGAUCAUGAUGGUCCUGGUGUUUUUUGUCCUUGGUGUGCUGUUGGGUCAGAUACUUUGUCUUCAAAAUGUCUUUGGGACCCAAAAAGGUAUCCCAGUUCUACUGAGCUUAUUUACAGUCAUGCCAUUGAUUCAGAUUCUUCUACUGCCCUUCUUUCCUGAAAGUCCUAGGUAUUUAUUCAUUCAGAAGAAGGAUGAAGAUGGGGCAAGAAAAGCACUGAAAAAGCUGAGAGACAGGAAUGAUGUGGAGGAUGAGAUUAAAGAACUCCAUCAGGAGGACCUUGCUGAGAAGGCUGAAAAGAAAAUAAAUCCUCUUAAACUACUAUUUAAAACCCCAAAACUGCAACAGGAAGUCAUCACCAUAGUUGUCUUGAUCAUUGGAGAGAAGUUUGAUGGCAUACAUGCGGUGUACUCUUAUAUGGAGGAAAUCUUCAUGAUAGUGGGCCUGGGUCCAAAAGAAACCCCGUUUGCUUUGCUAGGCAUAACCUUUGUUUUCUUCAUCUCAACUGUAGCAGCGGUAUAUUUUGCUAAAUCUAAGGGAUAUAGGAAUCUGCUUCUCAUUGGCUUUGGGAUCUGCUGCAUUGUUAGUGCUCUGAUGACCAUGACUUUGGAAAUGCAGACGGUCUAUCCGGUAAUGGCAUAUUUCACCUUGCUUUUGAUGAGCACAUUCAUCUUUGGACACUCCAUUGGGCCAGGUCCAAUUCCAUAUUUAUUUGUAGUGGAUCUGUUCCUUCAGUCAUCAAGAUCUUCAGCUUUUGUGAUUGCAGGAUUUCUACAGUGGUUCCUAACCCUCCUUGUAGGACUGGUAUUUAUUUAUGUAGAGACAAAGCUUGGGAACUACACCUACCUCAUUGCCUGUCCUAUCAAUAUGGCCGUCUUUAUUUAUAUUUUCAAGUUGGUUCCAGAAAUCAAAAACAAGACAUUUGUGGAUAUCAGGAAACUCAUAGAGAUCCAGAAGUCCAAGAAUAUCCACCUCAAGAAGCGGACAGUGAAGUAGAAACCCAAGAGACACUCUGUGCAGUUUGUUUAUUAAAUAUCCCGGGGGGGGUACAAAAGAAAUGACUCCAAGAGAGAGCUUACUUCUCUUAUAGUUGAAAGUUCUUUCCAUGGCUUCUUAAAAGGAAUUUUACCAGGGGUGGGGGAAUGAACUCCAAAGGGCACUUUAAAAUCACGCA